AUGGCUUCCGCAGGAGAUGCUCGGCUUAUGAAGUCGACCAAAUUCCCUACCGAGUUCAAUCAAAAGGUUGACAUGCAAAAGGUCAAUCUUCAGGUCAUUAAAAAAUGGAUUGCCAACAAGAUUUCGGAAAUCCUGGGUAGCGAAGACGACGUCGUCAUUGAGCUGUGCUUCAAUCUCAUUGACGGACCUAGACAUCCCGACAUCAAAUCGCUUCAAAUACAGCUUACUGGGUUUCUAGACAAAGACACCGGGCCAUUCUGCAAAGAGCUUUGGAAAUUGCUGUUGAGUGCUCAAAGUAACCCUCAGGGAGUCCCCAAAGAGCUAUUAGAAGCAAAAAAGCUUGAGCUUAUGCAGGAAAAGAUUGAAGCCGAUAGAGCUGCCGAAAAUGCCAGAAAACGUCGCGACGACUCGGACCGCCGUGAUCGAGAGGUUGCAGCGUUGAAAGAUCGAGAUCGGCUCCUGAAGGCCGUGGAAGAGGAGGCCAUGGCUGGAGUGCGAAUAGAUCGCGCUCUCCCGAGCCUCGGCACCGCGCUUCUGGAGAUCCAUACCGGCGAGACAGCUAUGUCCCCCGAGCUCGGGGUGGCCGAGGGCGCGAUCGUGGCUGGCAGCGGCGACGAAGCCGCUCACCAUCUGGGUCAGCGUCAGAGCGAUCUCGAUCGCCAAGUAGCAGUGCGUCUCGUAGCGAUCGAGGCUCUAGGAGCCCUCCGCGCCGCAAAGGACCACCCGCGCGAUACAGAGACUCGAGAAAGAGGUCUAGGUCUCCUCGCGGCGAUGCCUACCGACCAAGGCGACAGUCACGCAAUGGCAGGGAUCGCCGCGAUGCUCGAAACCGACGCUCACAAUCUUCAGAGCGCACCUCACCUCCACCGAAGCGAAGACGGCAGUCUGCCUCUAGAAGUCCCUCCGUAG